GUAUUGGAAUGGAUGAUACGUUUGUUCUUCUGGCCGCUUGGCGUCGCACGGACCCAAAGAAAUCAGUCGAAGAAAGAAUGUCCGAAACGUAUUCAGAUGCUGCCGUUUCCAUAACGAUUACAUCUCUAACAAAUUUUAUAUCUUUCCUAAUCGGAGUUAUUACACCUUUUCCUUCAGUACAAAUAUUUUGCAUCUACACAGCUAUGGCUGUGCUCUUCACCUACAUCUGGCACAUUACCUUCUUUGGAGGCUGCAUGGCUGUUAGUGGUUACGCUGAAAGUCGGAAUCUACAUGGCGUCUUUUGCAUUCCAACCACAGCAAAAUCCUUUGCAAGUGAUCGUAGCGCCCUCUUUCGUCUCCUUUGUACAGGUGGAUUAAACGAAAACGACCCAGACAAUCCAAUAGACAACCAAGAACAUGCUUUGAUGAUUUUUUUCCGAGAUACGCUAGGUGGAGCCCUCAGCGUCCUACCGGUGAAAACAUUUAUAAUAAUGCUGUUUUUUGUCUACUUAGCUGUUGGUAUCUGGGGUUGUACAUUGGUUAAGGAAGGUCUCGAGAGACACAAACUGUCCAGAUACGACUCUUAUUCCGUGACCUUCUACAAAAUGGACGAUAUGUAUUUUCGGAAGUACCCCUACCGGAUUCACGUUGUCGUAACGGACGAGAUGAAUUAUGCAGACCCCAAGGUUCAUGAAGCGAUGGAAAACAUGCUUCAGAAAUUGGAAAGUUCUAAGUUCAUUGCUGGAUCAUCAUUGACCGAGUCUUGGCUGAGAGCUUACUUGCAGUUCCAGAAAGAUGACCGAUCUUUCGCUUUGUUGGAUGGCUUUAAUCUGACCAAGAAGGAAGAUUUUAUGGGAGCUCUUCACGAAGUGUUUUUCAGGAUGCCACUACUGGAGCACUUUAAGAGAGAUAUAGUGUUUAACGAGAACAGGACAUCGAUCGUAACUUCCAGGUUUAUGAUACAGACACAGGACAUUACUGAUGCGAAUGAAGAGAAAGACAUGGUUCUCGAGUUGCGCGAGAUCGCCGACAGUUUUCCUUUCAACGUCACAGUAUAUCAACAGUACUUCAUCUUCUGGGAUCAGUUUAUUCUUGUUCGAGAAACAUCUAUUCAAGCUAUUUCAGUUGCUGCCGCCGUUAUGAUGGUGAUAUCGCUCAUUUUCAUCCCAAAGCCAAUGUGUGCACUGUGGGUGGCGUUCUCCAUCGUUUCUAUUGAAAUCGGUGUCGUCGGCUAUAUGACCCACUGGAACGUUAACUUGGACUCCAUCUCAAUGAUUAAUCUGAUUAUGUGUAUUGGAUUCUCUGUGGAUUACUCGGCUCACAUUUCUUACGCAUACAUAUCGUCAGACAAGAAUAAUCCAAAUGAAAGGAUGCGAUCCGCUCUUCAUUCCCUCGGAAUGCCCAUAUUGCAAGGCAGCUUUUCGACCAUUUUGGGAAUAGUGUCUCUCGCCUUUGCUCCUUCCUAUAUAUUCCUCACCUUCUUUAAAACUGUCUUCCUGGUUAUAUUAUUUGCAGCUCUCCACGGUAUUCUCUUGCUUCCAGUCCUUCUCUCGCUUUCUGACUGUUGCAACACAGAGAAGAAGGACAAAAUCCCCGAACUUCCUCACAUCCCAAACACUCUGUACCAUUCAGAGAAGCAAGAGACGCCAGCUCUUCCGGUGACAGAUAAAGCGGUUAUCAUCAUCCCUCGUCCCUCGUACGCUAACGUAGCUUCUUCGGAAAUUACGCACUUAAAAUCAGUACAGCGUGUUGGAAAGGUAGAGGCAGCCGAAGUGGACAGUGGCAAAGGAUCUCGAGACACGUCCAGUUUUGACAGUAGUGCCGAAAAGGACCUUGGUAUUGGGACCAGCGGCGAGGAAAGCAGCGAAGGGAGCUGCAAGGGUGCCCCUGUGAACCCUUAUUCUCGAACUAAUAGAAUAUCUCAGCUUCUAAGACAUUCUUACUUUCGGUCUGCUGAAAAAUACGUAAAUCCGGCGUUUGAAUCCGGUGAAAUAGUCGAAGUUGAGCGUACACCUCCGGCUCCACCUUCUCGUAAUUCUUCUAGAAUGUCACUGUACCACGCGGACAGCCGCACUGGGCUGUUUGGCUUUCAGAAUGGUGGGGAACGAUCCAGUAAGAGUCCCGGGGUGCCAGAUUGGUUAUCCUCCGUGUCCAGAACAAAGAACAAGACUCCUGACAGUCCGCUGUCCUUCCAUAUCAGUCGGUCCAACAGUGCUUAUGAGCUUCCCUUGUGA